AUGCCAAGGAGGUCCUCCAAACGAAUUCCAAUCCAUCUACCAAUACCGCCAAAUGCGUCCAUCCCAGCAGCACAUCCCCCGCAGCAAGCAGCAAACCCCCAACAUGAGUGCUUUUCAUCAAUCAUCCUGAACAGCGAAUCAAUACUAAAUCGUCAGUGCGGUGCAACACCAACGAGGUCCGAAGACCCCGAAGCUACUAUCCUACCCGGCCGCCCAGUCACCGCUGACUUAAAGCCUCGUCAAGGAACCCCGAAGGGUCCUAUCAGAAGACCUCACGCUACUCCAGUCGAGAAAUCCGCGGAGAAGUUCGGUAAAUCACCCGAAGGUAGCUCGUUGAACGACUCGUUAGACUCUCAGUCGGUGCAGCAAGAAGAACAAUCAGAAAUCGCAAAGAAGCUCGGCGAAUCACCCGAAAGCGACUCUAUGAGCAACUCUGGAAAUCAACAUGAACUUCACCUGAGAAACCUCAGUCCCAGAACAGAGAAAAUCUCAUCAAGGAACCCGAAGGAACCUGUCAGAGAUCUCUACCGCCCCAGUCGAGAUCUCAUGAGAAGUUCGAAGACCGAACAACAGGUCAAAACGCAAGUUCACCAUCCCCGCCUCAGCAUCACCGAAGUGACCGAACAACGGAUCAUAGGAUCUCUUCCAAGCCUAGAACCAGCGUCUCCUUUCAUCCGCCGACAACCUCAAGAGGAACCUAUCAGAGUCCCCCGAAGGAGUCUCAACAAGGCCCUCAAACGAGAUCGCCGAUUUCAGAAAUUCGAGACCAAUCUUCGGACAUGGAAGUUACCCGCAAGAAUCUUCCACCAAACAACACCUCCCCACAAGCAGUACCCCUCCCCGGGCAUCGCUGCAGCAGUUCAGCGCCGAAAGGCAGGUCGGAACGAAACAAGACGAAGAGCCGGCUACUCCGGUACGACACAGGUCGUUCACCAUCAAUGCAGUAACAAAUCCCGCGCCAGAAAAACUUAUGAAUUGAAACUUAACCUCUAG